AUGGAACGUCAUAUGCGCAUACACCAAAAAGAUAAACCAAAAAAAUGCGAUCGAUGUUUCCUCUGUUUUACCUCGUUAAUUGACUUUUUGGAACAUAAAAAAGUCCAUUCCAAAGAAUUUCUAUUCGAGUGUUCACGAUGCUUUCGUGGUUUCAUGAUCGAAAUGGAGAAAAAUGAACACGAAACAGAUUGCAAUCGAUAUAAUUGUAAAAUGUGUGAUUAUGUUCAUUAUGAUAGAAGAGCGAUGGCAAAUCAUAGACUAAAACACGCAAAAGGUCAUGUUCGAUCAACAUCCACUUCAUCAAAUUCGAUUAUUGUGAACGCAGAUUCGAAUUUUGACAAUGCACAAUCUGGCCGCGUCUCAAAUGAGCCAAACGUUUGCAAAUCUCACAAAAAACCGAAGAAGUCGAACGAAACGACAAAUGAAUCGAAGCGUGUGAAACGAUACAUGCGAAAGUAUACAGGGAAAAGACCAUAUCAAUGUAUUCGUUGCUUUAGGCGCUAUGCUCGGUAUCGCAAUCUGAAAACACACAUGAAAAUUCAUUCCAAAGAACUUUUGUUGUGUUGUUCACGCUGUUUUGUCAUGUUUUCGUGUAAAACACAGAGAGACGAACACGAAAAUGAAUGUAAGGUCAAUCAAUAUAACUGUGAUCAAUGCGAUUUUGUUACGUUGAAAAAACAAAACAUGGAACAUCAUACGCGCAAACAUUUGGAAGAUAAACCAUUUCAAUGCGAUCGAUGCCAAACUAGUUUUACCCACUCAAAUAUACUUCAAGAUCAUAAAAGAAUGCACAUUAAGGAAUUUUCAUGUUAUUGUUCACGGUGUUUUACCGGUUUUAUCCUGCAAACGGAAAAGGAUGAACAUGAAAAAGAGUGCAAUAUACAACCAUAUCAUUGUAACCAAUGCGACUAUGUCACUUUGAUCAAACAAACGAUGGAUGGUCAUAUGCGUGUACAUACGGAAGAAAUACCAAACCCGACCAACGAUGUGUUGCCGAACGAUCGCAUGGAUAUCGACGAAAUUAGCAAUGGUGAAAUCAGCAAUAGUUCCGCCGGAGAAUUGGAAAUCGAUAUGCCUACUUUUAAUCUCAAUCCAAACGCACAAAAUACUGACACCAUGUCAAAAUCAAAUGAACGACCAAAAGAAAAGAAAUGUACACGAAUACAGAAAGAUACCGGAAUAAAUAAAGAGCGUAAAAAACGUAAAUGUAUGAAAGAACAUCAAUGCAAUCGUUGCGAUCGAAGUUAUACCAUUUUAAUAAGCCUUAAAGAUCAUAAGAAAGUUCAUGCCAAAGAAUUUCCGUACAAUUGUUCACGAUGUUUUGAAGGUUUUUCGCAAUUAAUUAAGAAAGAUGAACACGAAAAGGGGUGUAAGAUAAAAAGAUAUAGUUGCGAUGUAUGUGACUAUGUUACUUUAAUUAAUUGCAAUAUGCAACACCACAGGAUGAAACAUUUAGAAGACAGACUUAGGGAAAGUUUACCAUCAUCAACUACAAACAUUUCUAAAGAUGCUAAAAGUCCGGUGAUUGUUUCUUUUCAAGCACCAGUGUCACCGUCGCAACCACCUCUUAUCGUCCCAUCCAAUCCAGUUCUAUCCAUUGAAAUAACUCCAAAAUGGUUGGAACAAACAGCAAAUACGGUCUUAAAAGAUAGAUUUCAUUUGCCAACGGUUUCAUCUAGUUCAAUGAACUCUCUUAUAAUUCCAAAGCAGUCGGACGAUUUGAUCAGAAUUGAUCGUUCCUUAUGCAGAGAAUUUAAUAUUUGUUUCAACGAUUCUUUGUGUCAAUCGUUCCACGAAGCACAUCAGAAAUAUUCUCCAAAGCGUUCAACUGAUAGUGAUCGUCAAGUUAGAAGUGUCGCUCCAAUGUCUACCGAUAAUAACAACUCAAAUGCAAUUAUUGAAAUCAGCAAUGAUGAAGAUUCGGAUGAAAGACCUAGCACCAGUUCGCAAUCAUUCAGAGAAACUGCGUUUCAAAAUGUUGAUCGUGAGAUUAAAACCGAGGAUGAUAAUGAUGAGAACAAUGAUCAAGCUUCUGUCGGGGAGAUAUCCAAUAUGGAAAUAAAAGAAAAAGAAGUGGAAAAUGAUGAGAUUCCGAUAGUUCGUUUUCCGGCUAAUCAACUGACGCGUGCAUAUAAGAUAGAGUCAAACUGCUCUGAACGUGUCAAAAUCGAAAGUGACGAAGAUCAUAACAAAGAAAACAUUGAAGAUGGAGCGAAGCCAAGACAAAUGUAUGUGAGCCAUACGGGAAGAAAUCAGGAGUAUCUCAGGGAAGAGUUGAAUCGAAAUAUGCAGGCCGCAAAAUCAGUGAAGAAGAACGCAAACGAGAAGAACGAAGUGAACAUUUCUGAAGCUAUUGUUGAAGUUAAUGUAGCUGGAAAUGUGAGAAGUGGUCAGUCGACACUUGAGAAGUGGUUUUCUCAAAAAAAUAAAAGUAAUGGAAACAAAGGAAAAUCCAAUAGAAGAAUCGGUGGUCAAACAAAGAAAAAGAAAAAGGACGUUCAGAGAUCCCACAAAAAGUUAGAAAAAAACUCGAAAAUAUCUAGUAUUAGGAGAACUCACAGUGAAGAAAAACCAUACGAAUGUGGUCGAUGUAAGAAGCGAUUUGGUCGUAAGAAGCAUCUCACUGUGCAUAUUCGAAUUCACACCGGAGAAAAACCAUAACAAUGUGAUAAAUGUAAGAAGCGAUUUAACAAUAGGAGUAAUCUCAAUGUGCAUGAGAGGACUCAUAAAGAUAGUCUGUUCCACUGUUCAGGUUGUCACCUUGGAUUUACACAAAAUAUUGAAAGAGAAGCACAUGAAAGAGAGUGUAAGCGACGUCGGUAUGAGUGCUAUCUUUGUAACAGGGAUGAAAAUAAGAAGAAGUUUGUUACUGUGUACUACUUUGAGAAUAGGACAACAUAUGAGAAUACAUACUGGAGCGAAACCGUAUAAAUGUGAUCAGUGUUAACCGGGGAUUGCGUAAGCAUAUUUAUAUGAAAACGUCAGUGGAAUCUUAAUCGCGAACGCCAUCUUUGGUUACAUGUAUAUAGGUGUUUCUUUGCUGAAAAUUUCACUUCAAU